AUGGAUGGUAAUCGGCCGGAUCUAAAAGGAAGUAUUCUUGAUUCUGAUGCCGAAAAUAAGAAAAACGCUGGUAACUUCCCUCCGUCAAGAAAUAGAGUACGAAUAGUUUUAUGUUUUUUAAAUGUGUUUUUCCCGAACGCUGUUAUAUUGUGCUUAUUUUAGCCACUAAUGGUGGACGAUGCGUUACAGUACCUGGAACAGGUCAGGCAGCAAUUUUCCGACAACCCUGAAGUGUAUAGUAAUUUCCUUGAAGUAAUGAAAGACUUCAAAUCUCAGGAGUGAGUUUGCGUUUAAUUUCUCUUAUUUGUUGUUUUUUUUCAGUAUUGACACCCAAGGUGUAAUACGAAGAGUCAGCCAACUUUUUGUUGACCAUCCUAAUUUAAUAACAGGGUUUAACACGUUUCUUCCUAGUGGAUAUGAGGUUCAAGUUCAUGGGAAUAUGUUGAGGAUAAUUGAGCCAACUGGAGUCACCAACUUACCCAUGGGCGGUCAAAGUAAAAUCUUUUAUUUGAAUUUUAAUCUUCUCCUAGGCAACGAAACUGGCUUUCGGAAUGGCGAAAACCAAAAAGACGUUAAUUUAGCAAAUGAACCUAAUGGCAAGCUGGCACCUCUUAAAGUCAACGUUCAAGAUAUUUCCAUGAAUUGUGAAGAUACAUUAGAUCAGGCUGUUUCUGUUCUCAACAAAAUUAAAGUAAGCUGAAUUUUAAUUGGUAAGUGAAAAUCUUAUAUGUUUAGGAGAGAUACAGCAAUCAGCCUGAUGUUUAUCAACAGUUCUUGGUCUUCCUCACAAAUUAUCAGAACAGUAUCAGAAAUGACGUGAGUUUGGAUUAUUAAGAAUUUAAUUUUUCCAGGGUGAUGAUAAACAUGACCUUUACAACAAGGUUGUACAGUUGUUCAGAAACGAUCAGGAUCUGCUGGAAGAGUUUAAGACAUUCAUUCCGACUGUAUUCAAUGAUUCCGAAAUUCUGGAGCCAAAAACGAAGAGAAUAAAAUCAGAAAACGGAAGAGUUGGUUUAUUAUAUAAGAAUAAAAAUAGUAAUUUUAGAAGAAGAAACACUCGCUGGCUAUGCGUCAUUCUACUCAAUGCCCGUUGACACCGAAGCAGAUAUUAUUUUUUGAGAAGGUACGGAAUGUUUCGAUUGCUUUUUUAUUUUUAGUUGAACCGGCUGAAGAUCGCUUUGGAGAAACCAUCCAUACUAAAUGCAUUUUUCCAUUCAAUGGAACUCUACAAUCACAAUCAAAUUACACGGAAUGAUGUAUUUACGGUUUUGGCACCUUUCUUUCGUCACAGCCCUUUCUUACUGAGAAAUCUGAAGGAGAUCUUUGACCAAUGUGAAGCCGAGGCUAAGACUGGGAACAAAAAGGUUCCCGUGGAUUUGAGACUGGUUGAGUCGAAGAAUGUUGAUCUUGAUUAUUUGACUACAAGGCGGAUGGGACAAAGUUAUAGGGAACAGGCUCCCGAGAAGCGAGAUGCCACCUGCAGUGGGCGGAAGGUGAGACACCGAAUGGUGCUUAACGAUAAAUGGAUGGCGUUUGCUUCUUGGCAAUCAGAAGAUUCAGCAGCUGUAUCAUCGAAGAAAACCCCUUUUGAAGAAACUUUAUGGAGAAUCGAGGACGAAAGAUUUGAUUAUGAUAUCUGCGAAUCCAUCCUUCAGGCAUCUUGUGGGAUUUUGAGCGUUAUACAGUCAAAGAUUGCCGUAAUGGAACCAAGGGAAAGAAAAAGGUUUAAGCUGGAUCAGAACUACGGUUGCGACAAAACACCGACGUUGAUUCCUCGAUGCAUUAAACGAGUGUAUGGGUAAGUGAGAAAAGUCAGAAUUAUUUUGGUUUAGUGAACACGCUUCUAAAAUCCUGUCCGCGCUACGGAAUGCCCCUGAAGAUUCUGUUCCGUGUGUCUUGAAACGGUUGGAAUUAACUCUAGAACAAAUGAGAAAGGAUAAGAUCAUUAAAGGAGAACGAUGGGCUGAGCAGACAAGGGCCUGUUUGAGUCGAUCACUCGACAGCCAAGCAAACUUUUUCCGAAAUAAUGACACAAAAGUCUUGAGGUGCCGCUCUAUUAUUCAAGAUAUUGAAAAAGUCUUUGAAGAGGUAGGAAUUACUUUCAUGUCGAAGCCGCUUUUUUAAGGUUUUUAGAAUAAAGAUGCGCAAAAAAUAGCAAUAUUAUAUACAAUAUUUAUAGAGGAAGAAAUUGAUGGAAGAAAUGUGUACAGAUGGUGGCUUUCCUCCAUUGGUCACGUUGACAUAUCCCGUGGAUAUGUCUGUGUUUUUUGAUGCUCAUUACUUGAUCGAAUGCACAUUGCUGGGACAGCAUCUUACCUCAGAAGAAUUAAGUAACGCCAGGUUUUUCCUUAAGUUUCUCUUGCCAAGUUUAAUGUGCCUAAAUGUUCUUCAAGAGGAAAAAUCCGGAAUAACAGUUGACUCAGAGGCUACUGAAAAGUUCCCUAUUUCUUACGCCACACAACUCAACGUGCCUGAUUUUGCCAGAUACAUGCAAAGUUUUGUACCUGAAGGUGAAGAACAAGCGGUACGUUUUUAUGAUCUUGCGUUUUGUGUUAUACGUUCUUUUUUUUAGAAAGAAGCUUUGUCGACGUUGCUGAAAAGAUGUUUUUAUUAUGGAACGAACAACUUCGUAUUGUUUAUGAGAUUGCAUAAUAUACUAUGUGAACGUCUGGCUUCGAUAAAGGAAUUAUGUCGCCGAAAGAAACUGGAAUACGAUCAUGAAGUAAGCCUUUCAAAACAGAAGGAAGAAGAAUAUCGGCGGAAUGGGUUUAACUCAGGCGAUUCUGUUGGCUACCGAUUAACUGGACCACGAAAUCCGUCGAAGUUCUAUAAUGACAUGUUAGAUAUGGUGAAGAUGCUGAUGGAUACGAACAUUGAUCAGGUUGCCUACGAAGAUGUGAUGAGAAGCAUGUUUGGAAUAGAUGCCUUUCCCUUGUAUACCAUGGAUAAAUUGUUGACCGGUCUUAACAAAUACUUGAUUAAUUUGCUUCAAGAGCCAACAACUGUAGUUACAUUUAAUCUCUUCAAGGCUUUUAUUCGACGAAGGUUAGUUACCGGACCAGAUCUUGUUGCCGCCGAAGAAUCUCAUUACGAGUUUAUGUCGUCAGCUGUAAGUAAAACGCGUUGCGUUUUAUUUGUCAUAAUUUAGGCAUUGAGUGGUGGAAGUUGCAUCAAAGCGCGGACGGUUAUAACAGAUCGCCCGAUUGUUUGUUUUGAGAUGGUAGAAACGCCUAAUGUAUGUGAUUGGUUCAAUUCUUAUUCGAGAAGGAUUUGCGAAACUCGUGCCAGAGGUCAAACGCCUGUUGCAAUUCUAACUGUGAGUGUAAUUAUUUAAAUAAUAGGGCUUGUUUCAGUAUCUUGAUGAAGCUAGAGGCAUCAUUCCGAGGUCUCAAGAAAGAAAUUUCUUGGUAAGAAACCUGCGACGUGGAUCAACGAGAAUGCAUUCAUAUCCACUUAUUGGAGAUAAUAUCAUUGAGGAAGAGCCAAGCGACUCAAGAGAAACAACUCCAGAAGAUGACGAUACGGAUGAAAUGGAAGGUGUGGAGGAAAGUGGGAAGAGUUCUGGGCAUGAAGGUUCACAUGACGGGAGAGCGAAGACUGAGAAGCUGGAGAGGACAAUCCCGGAUCCAAGCAAUCGAGUAGACACCUCCUUCGUCGUGUUCAAUGAUCUCAGGUUAUACCCCGUGAACACGUCGUUUGGUUUUUACACUACCCAUGAAGGCACCUUUAACCUCUUGUUGCGCCGAGGGGCUCCAUUUAAAGCCCGGCAGGUAAGUCUAAUGUUUUAAACUUAUUACUGUUUAGAAGACCAUAUCUUCGAUUCAAAAGAAACAUCAAGCCUUCGAAAGGCUUUUAUCGAGAAACAAUGAUCGCCGAUUCCCUUUUGUCAAUGAUUGUACAAUUCGUUCUGAGCCUCAUCCUUUGAUCCCUGAUCUGACCCACAAUUUAUAUACAAAUAACAAAUAG